GGCCCGAGGAGAUGGCCAGUUUUCUACAUUUGGUUUCGAGGUAAACAUUCUCAUCGAGUAUAAAAUCAAUCUCCAACUUGUGAUUCGACACAUUUCAACAAGUCACUUCUUAAAGACAACAACCUCAGCGCCAACUACGAACAAUUUCAAAAUGAACAAAAUGAUUACCUUUACAUUGUGCGCAGUCCUCGCUGUGGCCACUGCUCGCCCUCAGACGUUUCAAGCCACUGGAACUGGCACAGGAUUUGGAAGUGGUGCCGCCCCCCUGUUUGCCGGAAAUGGAGCAACUCCUCUUCUGGGUGGAGCUGCACUGCCUUUUGCUGGACAACCGGUCGGAGGACAACUGGCUUUUCCUGGAUUCAAUCUUGGCACCGGUUCUGGAGCUGGAGCUGGAACGGGUAACGCUGGACCAGGAGGAGUUUCUGCUUCAGGAGUUGGAAUAUCAAGCGCACAAGACGGAGGAUCAGCGACUGGUACUGGAACAGGUGCCGCAGUAUUGAAUGCUGUCACAGGAGAGGCUGCAGCAGCUGGUACUGGUACUGGAAGCAGCACUGGAAAAUAAAUAAUAGUCAUCUCUUAUCGCAUCGGAAACUCAGAAUACGAGCCUACACUAAAAAAAUGUCUGUUGCAGAAUAUAUUCAUGUUAGUGAAUCAGUGCUAGUUUACUGAAGAAAAAUCAUUUGUGUUGUCUCUGAUCGACCAAUAAACAAUAACAAACCCUAAAAA